GCCAUUUGAGUUGCACUGUAUCAUCAGUACAUUGACCACCAUGGGCCCACGUAAGGGAGGAGGCAAGAAGAAGGGCAGCCGCAAGCGCAAGGCCAAUGUGUGGGACGACGCUGAGCCGAAGGCCAAGCACGGCGCCGUAUCCAAGGAAAAUGAGGUCAAACCGCGCAAAAAUGGGUCCAUGAUGGGCCAGUGGAAGACUCAGAAGAUUGCAGAGCGAACUAAAGCUCGUAAAUUCUACUCCAAUGUGGACGAGAAGAAGAGAAUGCAACGAGAACAAUACGAAGAGACGUGGGAGCGCACAGCUAACGCAAUUUACAAGAAAGACAGCGACGAAGAAGAUCAACAGGAAGAAGAACAAGAAGAGUCACAGAGUGAAGACAGUGACAGUGACGACGAGAACGUUCUCAAGAAAAACUCGUUGUUUGAUGAAUUUGUGAACACAUUCAAACCUGCUGAACCCAUUGAAGAAGACGAUGAAGAAGAUGAAGAAGAAGAGUAUGAAGAAGUGUUGGUGGACGAGAACGGUGACGAGAUUGAAGAAGAACACGAAGAGAACGAAAGUGUUGAAGAAAAUACCGGUGACAAUAAAGACGGUGAAGAGCAGGUUGCGUCCAUGGAGAAAGAUGACGAAAUGCAGCUUGAAGACAAAGAACAAGAAGAACAAGAAGACCCUUAUCGUCGUCGAUACCUGUUAAGCUCGUUUACCGAACAGGAUGCCAAGAAAUUCGAAGCACAAACGAGAAAGUUCACCAAAAUUACCUUACCUAGUUUACAGGAGGACUCUUAUAACAUCACAUACAGGACUGGAGCUGCGGAGAUCCCUGGACUGGACGGUGUCGUGGCAGCUCCAGAGACGGCGGACAAGAAGAAACAGUAUGUGCGUUCGAGGCUGUUAACAACGUGGAAGCAGCGUGGCCUGGACGCUGAUACGGCGUUUUCUAAGGGGUCAGUGGAGUAUACUCUCUCACAGCAAAUGUCAGCGUAUACAGACGUGUUUUUCGCCGGCCAGACGUACGAGAACACGGAGAAACUGCGUCAAUUGAGUGCAAUGCACGUACUGAAUCACGUGCUAAAAGCUCGUGAUACGGUUACACGUAACAACGAGCGUAUCAAGAAACAAAGCGAAGAAGAGAAGGAGUACCGUGACCAGGGCUUCUGUCGUGCCAGUGUGUUAGUGUUACUACCGCUGCGUAGCUCUGCAGUGGCGUUCGUGAACCAAUUACUGGAGCUUCUGCCCUCGAACGUGGAUACCUUCCACAAUAAAGACCGCUUCUUCAAUGAAUUCGGCAGUGCUAAGGGCGACGAUGAGCCUUCUAACGAUGAAGACAAGAAGGAAUGGCAGCGAGUGUUUGGACAGGGAAACAACGACGAUUGUUUCCAGUUGGGCUUGUCGUUCUCUCGCAAGGCCGUUCGCUUCUACAGCGAGUAUCACCACGCUGACCUCAUCAUCGCGUCUCCUCUUGGACUGCGUCAACAACUCGGAGAUGAAGUCGCCAUGUUGGAUGAAGCCGAGUCCAGUGACGACGUCAAGUUGUCGAGUGACUUUUUGUCCACUAUCGAGGUGUGUAUCGUUGACUCGGCUAGUCUGAUGGCUAUGCAGAACUUGGAACACUUGCGCACUGUAUUGCGCGCUACGAAUCUGCAGCCGAAAGAAGCGCCGAACGCUGAUUUCUCUCGAGUCAGGGAGUGGAACUUGGCCUUCUUGGCUGCGUAUUUCAGACAGACUAUUGUCUUUGCGCACGGUGCAGAGCCUGCACUUAACGCUCUGGUGACCAAAACGUGUCGUAACAUCUCUGGAGUCGUCAAGUAUACCCGUCAAUACGACGCGGCAGACGGCUCCGCUUCGAUCUCUCGGGUAGUACCGCAAGUGAAGCAGAUCUUCCAGCGUGUGGAUCUGGAUCACUCUGGCCGCCUCAGUGCGGCGGACGAAGUGGAACUGCGCUUUGCCUACUUCAAGAAGCACGUGUUUGAGCCGCUACUGGACCAUCCAAGGAAACACGUGCUGAUCUUCAUCCCUUCUUACUUUGACUAUGUGCGUGUACGCAACUUGUUCAACGACUCGAUGAACAAAAAGCUGAUCCGCAGUGUCCAGUGCUGUGAGUACACGACGAACAAGCAGGUAUCUCGUGCCCGUACGUCGUUCUUCCAUGGCCACUGCCAUGUCAUGCUGUACACGGAACGUUUCCACUUCUACCAUCAGCUCCAGAUUCGCGGUGUGCACCAGCUGAUCUGGUAUGGACUUCCUGUUAUGGGAGAUUUUUACGCCGAGAUGAUGAAUAUGCUGCCGAGUAGCGAUACCGCCGGACAGAACGAUGACGGAUUCGCUGACAAUACGGGCGGAAAAUCGUCGAUCGCGUUGUUCACGCGGCUGGAUCUGUUGCGAAUGCAGCGUAUCGUGGGAAACAAGCGUGCGGAGCGCAUGUGCCAGGCCAAGGCUGCCAAACCGACAUUCCUCUUCUGCUAGAUGAACAAAAGGGAGUUGAAUUCAUUUUUUUACUGGCACUCUUCAUUCUUAUAUGUAAACAUGUAUAUAUUCAAAGUCGUCGAAGGAGGUCCAGUAAAUAGCUUAUAUUUGUCAAGAGAUAUCAUAUUUAC